AUGGCCGCCCGGAGCGGCGCGGCUGAGGCGCUGGUGCUGCUUGUCCUCUGGUUCGCAGCCCUGGAGGGAGCAGCGAGCUCGGAGCCGCCGCUCAAGUGCGAGGAGCUGCGGCUGGGGCAAUAUAUGUGUGAUGAGCCUAAAAUAGACAAUAGCACACAAGAACCAAUGAAUUGCACAAAUCACACAGCAUAUGUUCAGUGUCUGCCAGCACCAAAUAUUACUUGCAGAGAUCACCUUGGCAUAGAGAAAGUCUUUACGGGACAUGAAGUUGGAUUUUACAAGCCUAUUGAGUGUCGCAAUGUAAAUGGAUACUCCUACAAAGUGGCAGUGGCUCUGUCCUUAUUUCUUGGAUGGCUGGGAGCAGAUAGAUUUUAUCUAGGCUAUCCUGCAUUAGGUUUGUUAAAGUUCUGCACUGUAGGGUUUUGUGGAAUUGGGAGCUUAAUUGAUUUCAUACUUAUUUCAAUGCAGAUCGUUGGCCCUUCCGAUGGCUCCAGUUACAUCAUAGAUUAUUAUGGGGCCAGGCUGACCCGGCUCAGCAUUACCAAUGCAACCUUCAGGAAAAUGCAGACCUAUCCCUAACUCUGGCAGAGAGUGGCACAAAUCCAUAGGUGCAGCUUAUUUUUACAGCUGGAUCCAGUCAUCCACUGGAAUUGCUGAGGACUUACUGAUUACACCUCGUCAGAACAGAAUAUUAAAUGCACGGUGAACAAAGAUGAUAAAAUGUGAAGGUUCYUCACAUAAACAAGUUUACCUCAAAGGUGGAACUUUGGGACUGCUCUGUUUCUGGGAGCACAGAGUUUGUAGCUAAAUUAUAACGUGCAGACUCUUGCAAUUUGCACUGGURUUGUGUCUGUGUCAUUUAGAGUGUUACAGAGAGCUGCAGAAGGAGUUGUUCCUAAUAAAUAUACUGAUAUUUAUUCCAUUGAAAUUGAUAAGAGUUUUAGCAUGGAUGGGCUAGGAUUACACUUGGGGUCUGUCCUUGUGGCAGUUUGGAAAUUAAUUUAAAUAUCCCAAACCACACAAACUGCCUUCUUUUCUAUCCUGUUGAAAUCCAAAGAGCCAUGAAUCUUAGGCUGGUGUAGCCUGUGAAAUUCUGUUAAUUGAAGUAAUUAUUUCUGUACAUUUUGGUCAAGUUGCAAAAUUUGGUCAGUGCUGAUCAAAAGUAGAAAUAUGGAUGCAUCAAAAAGGGAGCUGUAGAUGAUACACCAAAAAAAAAGCAGGGUGGAUGUUGGGGUGUGCUGAGGUUAGACAAGGAAAUAAUUGUUCUGCUUAUUUUGAUUUUUUUCUUUMCUCUCUUGCAACCACCCAUAGUGAAAUAAAUACUUUUUUUUCUGAAAAUAAAUUGCUGUGUGUUUUACAGCUAYGGAGUGUCAAAAGAGUGAAUUCUUUAUACUACUAAAACCCUCAAAAGGCUCUUAUUUUGGAUCAAUUGUGUUGCAGUGAAAUAAAUUCGGUGUCUUUCACAGCUGUUUGACCAAAGUCUUCYGGACAACCAGGAUUUCACUGGAUGUUUCUUUCAGGAAAAGUACGUACACACAGAGACAGAAAACAUGCCAACAAAAUCUUCAUGCUCUUUGACCAAUUUUAAGUAUUCUCUUCACCUUCUAAUGAAAACUGGCACUGACUGAGGGAGAAACCCACACCAUAGAAACUUGAAUGUAAUAUGGUUUUCUACAAAAAUUUGGGCUAUUCUUUUGUUUUUCAGGUGAAACUUUCAACCUGUCAUUAAUAUAUCCCCAAACUCUAUUUUUAAGGGAAUUACAAAAAAUGAGAUUCCUAAAUUGAUUUAUGAAAGCACAGUCUGUGRGGUUUAGGCUCUUUUUAACUCACAUUAAGCCCAGUGCACAGAAAGCUUUGUAAAGAAAUCCUUUUUUUUUCCCAAAUCAGCAUAACCUGACAUGUCACGUAAUGAGAAUAAACCACAAGGAAUACUUUGUGCUUAACGUUAAUUCUUUCCUUCACGCAAGAAAGAUGUGGUUUUGGAAUACUUCCUACCGUGCAUUUUCCUUGUGGGUUCAAAGAGACAAGAACACCCUGUCAGCUCCAUUCCCUUGCCUGAUAUUUGUUCUGUCUCCCUUUGGUCUCUCCCUCACUGAAUGCUCUUUGUGCACAUCAAGUUUUGUCCCCUGAAAUACUUUGAAAAACAGACGGGAAGUGGAUGGAAAAUAGAUGUUUGAAUCAAAAUAAAAUCUCCUGCCUAAGAUCA